UCAUUGUUCCUCUCUGCCCGUAAGCUCCUCUACCGUACCGUACCUCGUGUAUCUUUCUCUCCUCUCUCUCUCUAAAUUCAUACUCGUACACUUUUUUUUCCUGUUUCUUUCACUCUCUCUCGCGUUUGUUAAUAUCAGUUCUCUUCUUGUUUUGUUGUAUAAAUUUUUGUCGACGAGCCGCGCGACUAGCAGCGAUUUUUCAGUGAUUCUACCCAGCUAAUACACGUAUUUACAGUCAGUUCACGAAGCAUCCCAGUGAAGCGCUAUAUAGUUUAAACAAAAAAAAAAACAGCUUCAAACGACGCCAUCUCCUAGAUCAAGUUGUUUAUCGAUAUCGGAUCAACGGAGCAAGGAUCACACAGUGCAUCCAACUCUUGUUUACUACAACUGCUACCACUUGCAACCGAUACUUGCCGAUCUUAUACGCGCACCUCGGUCGACACCUCGUGUUCUCCCCGCAACGCACAUACAUCAUCGCCGAGAUCAAGUGUUAAAGUUUAUUACAAAUAAUACAUAAAUCCAAGAUCAGCAUCAGUGUUUAGCAGCCAAGUUUGAGUUCGUCGAGUCGUCGAGACACACAUCGACGUUACGAUAUACAUACAUCACAUAAUCUCUGGUAGUAGUGUGCGUCCGUCACUCAGCCUCUGUCCGUCUGUCUGUGUGUAAUAUAGUGCGUGCGCGACGACGCGAGUAACAGGUGGGGAUCGCUACUACUACUACUGCUGCUGUGUUGACUGUCGUCGUCGUCGAGCAGCUCUCUCGGCUGCUCCUUCCUCGGUUCUCGCAGCGCCUCACACUACUCUCGUUGGCAGCACCACACGUACUUCCCCAAUCCGUGUCCGUGUGUGUGUAUAUAUCGAUACAUAUAAUGUAUCAGCGGUGAGCCCCGACGUUUGUUGCUAUAUCGUCGCUGCUGCUGCACGCCGCUGCCGCCGCUGCUGUGCCUCGCAGCUACAACGACUCUCAGACUGUUUUUCGGUGUCGAGCGCGGAGCAAUCGUGCGUAGGUGUUCGGAGAUAGACUUGGAGAAAAGUGCGCGACAAGAUCGGACUCUGACAGCAGACAAUCGAUCGAGCGACGAGAGGAUCGUCGUCGCUUUGGAUUAUAGUUGAAAGCUCUUUUUCUCUGUGAUUCGAUCGGCUUAACGCGGCUCCGGACGCGAGCUUCUUCAACGCGGUACAUCGUCGCAUCGUCGAGAAGAUCCUCGCGCACGUCCGCAUAAAAGAAGGAGAAGAUUAUUUUAUAUAUAUUUAUACACGCGUUUUUGUGACAACGACAACCACGGCAAAAACAGCGGUGUAAACAACCAAAACUCGUCGUGGCGAUGAACGGAGAAAAGGACUUUGUGAAGAUGGUGAAGGCGAAGAUCAAGAAGCCCAACGUGACGCCCGCGCCGCCCAACUCCCUCAACAACUCCUUCAACGCGGAGGCCGCCGCCGCUGCCGCAGCCACCGCCCAAGAGGGCCCGGCGCCCAGGCCCAAAAGAUGGUUCGGUAUACGCCACCUGAUCUGCAUCAUGCUGUUCUCGGGCAUGGCCAACGCCUACAUCAUGCGCACGAACAUGUCCGUGGCCAUAGUCGCCAUGGUCAAUCACACGGCCAUCGAGCUGAUGGACCAGGAGUCGAGCCACGAGGAGCCGAUCAACGAGUGCCCCUACAACGAGCCCGACAACGUCACCCAGGUGGCGCGCGACGGCCCAUACGAGUGGAGCUUCACCUAUCAGGGCUACCUGCUCUCAGCCUUCUUCUACGGCUACGUGCUCACCCAGAUACCGUUCGGCAUACUGGCCAAGCGGUACGGCGCCAAGACCUAUCUGGCCUACGGCAUGCUCAUCAAUUCGGUCUUCGGACUGCUGGUGCCGGUCUCAGCCGACGUCGGCUACUGGGCCCUCAUCGUCGUGCGCUUCAUUCAAGGUUUAGGAGAGGGACCGAUCGUUCCUUGUACGCAUGCCAUGUUAGCCAAAUGGGCUCCCCCGGACGAGAGAAGCGUUCUGGGCGCUAUCGUUUACGCCGGAGCUCAGUUCGGUACGGUCAUAUCGAUGCCGCUAAGCGGCCUCCUGUCCGAGCAUGGCUUUGCUGGUGGCUGGCCAUCAAUCUUCUAUGUUUUUGGUACAAUCGGAACAAUAUGGUGUUUUGCUUUUCUACUCCUUGUCCACGAAGAUCCAGAAGUUCAUCCUACCAUUCCCGAGGAGGAAAAGAAAUAUAUCAUGAGUUCGCUUUACGGAACACAUGGCACCCAGUCUCCACCAGUACCAUGGAGAGAAAUCUUUACGUCGAUGCCAUUCUGGUCUAUCAUGGUGGCUCACAUGGGCCACAAUUACGGUUACGAAACGCUCAUGACAGAAUUGCCUACGUACAUGAAGCAGGUUUUGAAAUUUGACAUCAAACACAACGGCGCCAUAUCGGCCUUGCCCUAUCUGGCCAUGUGGAUCUUCUCCGUACUGAUAGCCUACGUCGCCGACUGGAUGAUCCAGCGGAAGAUCUUCGGCAUCACGGCCACCCGCAAAAUCGUCAACAGCAUCGGCCAGUUCGGGCCGGCGGUCUGUCUCACGGCGGCCUCCUACACCGGCUGCAAUCCCACCCUGACCAUCGUGCUGCUGACCCUCGGGGUGGGCCUGAACGGCGGCAUCUACUCCGGCUUCAAGGUCAAUCACCUGGACAUCUCGCCGCGCUACGCCGGCGUACUCAUGUCCUUCACCAAUUGCACGGCCAACAUGGCCGGUCUGCUGGCCCCGAUCACCGCCGGCUACCUCAUCUCCGGAACUCCUUCUCAAGCCAAGUGGAGAUCGGUGUUCCUGGUCUCGGCGUGCAUUUACGUUAUAUGCGGAACGUUCUACAUCUGCUUCGGCUCGGGUGUCCGCCAGCCCUGGGACGAUCCGGAGAACGACGCCAACGUCAUGGACAGAAUCAAGAAGCAAGAGGAGCAACAGGAGCGCGAGGAUCUGGCCAAAAAGGUCCAGAAAACGGAGAAGAAGAGGAUUCGCCAAGAGGCGAAGGAGGCCAAGAUCGCUCGCAACGAGGCGAGGAAAGAGAGGAGGCAGUCGGCGUCGAAGGUCAUCCCGGUAACAAUAGAAUCGCUGGAGAUAUCGGACACGUCGCCCAAAAUGAUGACCACAUCUUUCCAUGUGAUCGACGAGACUCGACCAUCGUCAUGAAAGGAGACACGACGUCAAGGGCCCCGGCAACGCCCUUGAACGCCCGUGUCUCCUUUUAAUUGUAAAAAAUAUAUAUAUAUAAUAUACAUUAUAUAUUGAUAUCAUUAUCAUCAUUAUAAUUUUAAGUAAA